AUGCUCAAUUCGGAAAGAAAGUUGCUAUUCUUCCAGCCAGGAACAGGUGCUUUUCUCCCGAAGGAUGCUGCAAGUGAAGGCAACUUGCAGCAGGAGCUGAGAGAUGUUGCAAUGCCAUCUCGAUGGAAGCUGUGCGUGGAUGCAAAAGGGCGGGCCUUCUAUUUCAAUGCUUCGCGUGGAGUGAGCUCAUGGAGCCAUCCAAGAGAGGCUUUGCACCAAGAGCUUCGAGAUUUCGUCGAUGCCUUCCGAAGGGAUGGUGAGGCAAUGGACUCAGUUGAUCAACGUGCCAAAACUGCGCGCUGCUUCCUGGAAGAGCUGAAUGCCAAAGCUCGCAGGGAUUUGUCCAGCUGGCGUGGUCCAUUCCUCUCCAAAGAGGGAAGGUUUCCGUACUGGUUCAGUGACGAACAGCAAUCCAGCUCCUGGACUGAUCCAGCUGCUGAUUGGGAGGAGCAACUGGCAUUUGCCAGCAGGACUCUUUGCCAUGAGCUCAACUUGGAAGCCUCCGAAUUGGUACCCAGGUCCACAAAAGUAUCCAACAGCUUCCGGGUGGCUGCCAAAGGAGUGGUUGCGGCCCAAUCUUUCAGGCGGAUGAGCGAACAUCACAGAAGCUACUCCAUGGACAAGGCGGUACCACUCAGGACCAUUGAGCAGAUUGAUCUCGAUAUACCUCGAACAGCUAGUGGAGAAGCUGAACUCCUCUCCUGCCUUGGUGUUGCAAGGGCAUUGCUGUUAAGGCAUGCAGCUGAGGACCCAGAGCUUGGAUAUUGUCAAGGAAUGAACAUGGUUGCAGCCCUCUUUGCAGUUGCAGCCCAAAGUCAAGAAGAGGCCUUCAGCCGAUUUCGAGCUUUUACGCGAAGUCUGCGUGGGCUUUGGGAGCCAGGUUUUCCCUUGCUGCAGCAGGGUGUUUGCUUGUUUGAAGCCUUAGCUGCAGAGCGGCCAUGGUUUCAGCAUUUGAACAGGAACGGCGUAGAAGCUGAGAUGUACCUGCCACGAGCGUGGCUGGGACUUUUUACCUCCUGGCUGCCUUUGGCCACCAGAGUCCUUUUGUUGCGGAGCUUGGAGGAGGGAAGUCUUGCCAUGCUUCUGGCAACUAGCCUUGCGAUUAUGGACCACGUCGGGAGUGAACUCCUGGAGCAAGGGGACGAUAUGGACGACUUGCUGAAAGUACUGGAUGGCAUCAAAGACAAACCGCCACACCCUGCUGCUCUCAUUACAGCCCGGGAUGCAUGGUUGCCCGUGGUAUCCGCAACCACAGCAAGAAGGUCCGGGGCACACUGGUGCUGGAAAGCACUGCGCCGUGACGGCUCCCGCGUCUUGGAUCAUCGCGGAGAGGUUCCACCAGGCUGGCCUGACUCAAGAGUCAAGGCUUUUGGACCGCGAGAUCCGUCGAAAAUUCGCGUGGUCAGCUUCAACAUUCUUGCUGUGCCCUAUGCAAGAACGCAACUGGCCACGCAGAUCAUGUACCCAUACUGCCCACCACCAGUUCUUGACUACGCUUAUCGACAACCUCUCAUAGGUCGAGAAGUUCACAGACUGGAUGGUGACAUAGUCCUCCUACAGGAAUGUACCUACUUUACAUACCUGAAAUUCUUUCAACCGCUCUUUGGAGAGCAGUACCACAUCCGCUGCUCGCUGAAAGCAAGCCAUGUCUCCGAGGGAUGUUUGAUGAUGGUUCGGAAGGAAUCCUUUGAGGCGCGGUUCUGGGUCAUGAAUAGUCAUUAA